CGAAAGUGGAUUUUGUGCAAUUUGACAGGUGGUAUAAAUAGUUGAAUAUUUCCUAUUUUCUGGACCCAGCUGGUUUAUAACUUCAGAAGAAAUAAUGGAAAGCCAAGAAUUUAUUGUCCUAUAUACUCAUCAAAAGAUGAAGAAGUCAAAAGUGUGGCAAGAUGGAAUUCUGAAGAUCACUCACUUAGGAAACAAAGCAAUUUUAUUUGAUGACAAAGGAGCAUGUUUGGAGAGUCUGUUUCUUAAAUGCCUUGAGGUGAAACCUGGAGAUGACUUAGAAAGUGAUCGAUACUUAAUCACAGUUGAAGAAGUUAAAGUUGCUGGAGCCAUAGGUGUUGUUAAGCAGAAUGUCAAUAAAGAAGCACCAGACUUAAAUUCAAGGACAUUUAUAUCCUCUGGCCGAUCUCUUGGAUGUCAGCCCUCUGGCUUAAAAAGGAAGUUUACUGGUUUUCAAGGACCACGUCAGGUUCCAAAGAAAAUGGUUAUUACGGAAAGUGGUGAAUCAGCUGCAUCACAUGAGGCUAAGAAAACUGGCCCUACUAUUUUUUCUCCAUUCUACAGCAUGCCUCCUUUGUUUCCUACUGUUGGCAAGAAAGAUACAAAUAAUAUACUGGCAGACCCUGAGAACAUUGUGGCUUACAAGAACAGAGAGAGAAACGCCAUGGAUUUUUCUUCAGCUUUUUCUCCAUCCUUCCAGAUUAACCCAGGAGUGCUGUGUGAAGAAAAUUAUUUUUGCUCUCCUGUCAAUUCUGGAAAUAAGCUUUCAGACUCUUUACUGACCAAUGAGCCUGUGAAAAGAGAUAGUUUGGCAUCUCACUAUUCAGGAGUUUCACAAAACAUCAGAAGCAAAGCACAGAUAUUAGCUCUUCUGAAGUCUGAAUCAUCUAGUUCAUGUGAGGAACUAAAUUCUGAGAUGACAGAGCAUUUUCCUCAAAAACAACCACAAGGAAGUUUAAAAAUUGCUACUAAACCAAAGUACCUAAUUCAACAGGAAAAGUGUGCUGAGAUGAAGAGCACAGAAAAUUUAUACUACCAGCAUCAAUCAGAAAAUACCAUGAGAAAUAAAAGCCGGUGGGCCAUGUAUUUAUCCUCACAGAGUUCACCUAUACAUUCUUCUACUGUGGAUGGGAAUGAUACAGAAAGGAAACCCAAGGCCCAGGAAGAUGAUAUAAAUUCUAAUUUGAAAGACCUUUCAUUACAAAAAAAUAUACAGUUCUUUGAAACAUGUGCUGAAGAGGGGAAAAAGUAUAAUGUAGACAAGUCAGUCGGUAAUGAUCAAUCCUGGAAUCAGGAAGUAAAAUUAGAAAUUCCUUCAUUUAAUGAAAGCAACAGCUUACAGGUUACUUGUAGCAGUGCAGAAAAUGAUGGUACAUUAUCAGAAUCUGACAUUCAAGAAGAUAAUAAAAUACCUUUUAAUCAAAAUGACAAGGGGUACUUUAAAGGAUCAGUUCUCAUGAAAGAAAAUGCUCAGGAGAUAAAUACAUGUGGAACACCGGAAAAGGAGUAUGAACAAUCGGAGUCAUCUCUGCCAGAACUGAAACAUCUCCAAAUUGAAUCUAGUAAUAAUUCUAGGAUCUCUGAUGAUAUUACAGACAUGAUUUCUGAAAGUAAAAUGGAUAAUGAAAGUCUUAAUACUAUUCAUGAAUCUCUGAGUAAUGUAACACAACCAUUUUUGGAGGUAACUUUUAAUCUGAACAAUUUUGAGACCAGUGACACUGAGGAGGAAUCACAGGAAAACAACAAAAUUUCCCAGGAUUCAGAGAGUUGGGUAAAGGACAUUUUGGUUAAUGAUAGCAAUUCAUGUUUUCAAAAGAGGUCUGAGAAUAUAAACUGUGAAGAGAUUGAGGGUGAACAUUUGCCAUUCUUAACAUCUGUUAGUGACAAACCUACAGUGACAUUUCCUGUUAAAGAGACUCUGCCAUCACAGUUUUGUGAUAAAACUUAUGUGGGUUUUGACAUGGGAAUUUGUAAAGCUGAAAACAUGGGAAAAGAAAUAGAGGAGUAUAGUGACACAUUGAGCAAUUUUGAAUCUUUCAAGUGGACUGAUGCUGUAUACAUAGAUAAUAAAGAAGAUGCUAAUAAACCUAUUCAAGAAGUCAGAAUUAACUGUGAUUUUGCUUUACCCCCGAAUAAAUCUAAAGGUAUAAACAUGAAUUUACAUAUUCCUCAUAAUCAAAAUCAGAUUGCUGAGAACAGUAAUCUAUUUUCAGAAGAUGCUCAACCUCAGCCUUUUAUUUUGGGAAGUGACUUAGACAAAAAUGAUGAACAUAUUUUACCCUCAACUUCUAGUAGUGACAACAGUGUCCAACUAUUAAAUACCAAUCAGAAUCACUAUGAAUGUAUUGCACUUGAUAAAUCAAAUACCCACACUUCCAAUUCUUUGUUUUACCCACUGGGAAAAAACCAUCUUAUUUCCAAAGACACAGAAGCACAUAUAUCUGAACCUGAAGAUUUGGGAAAGAUUAGAAGUCCACCCCCUGACCAUGUUAAGGUUGAAACUGCCAGAGAAGGCAAACAAUACUGGAAUCCUAGAAAUUCUUCAGAACUUUCUGGAUUAGUAAAUACCAUUUCUAUUUUAAAGUCACUGUCUGAACACAGUACUGCUUUAGACAGCUUGGAAAUAUUGAAAAAGAAAAAUACUGUCUUUCAGCAAGGAACUCAACAGACCUAUGAGCCAGAUAGCAGUCCUGAAGUGAGGAAACCAUUUAUUACAGUAAUUUCACCAAAGUCUCCUCAUCUGCACAAGGAUUCUCAACAGAUACUAAAAGAAGAUGAAGUUGAACUAAGUGAACCACUUCAGUCUGUGCAGUUCUCUUCCUUGGGAAGUAAAGAAGAGACUGCUUUUCUAGCUGUUAUUCCUAAACAAAUAGAGAGAAAAACCUGUGACCCUAAGGUGACAUCACCAGAACAAAACGUCUCUACAUUGAGCCCUGUUUCUACCUUUUCUUUGAACUCAAGAGAUGAAGACUUCAUGAUAGAAUUCUCUGAGACGUCCCUGAAAGCAAGAACUUUACCUGAUGAUCUUCAUUUUCUCAACUUGGAGGGGAUGAAAAAAUCCCGUUCUCUGGAGAAUGAGAACCUUCAAAGGCUUUCAUUAUUAAGUAGAACCCAGGUUCCACUUAUUACUUUGCCACCUACUGAUGGGCCACCUGACUUAGACUCUCAUUCGUAUAUGAUCAACUCUAACACAUAUGAGUCUUCUGGCUCCCCCAUGCUCAACUUGAGUGAAAAGUCAGCAGUUCUUUCUUUUAGCAUUGAGCCUGAGGACCAAAAUGAAACCUCUUUCUCUGAAGAAUCUAGGGAAGUGACUCCAGGGGAUGUUUCACUUCUCAAUAAUAUAUCUACUCAGAGCAAGUGGCUGAAAUAUCAAAACACAUCCCAAUGCAAUGUGACUACUCCAAACAGAGUUGAUAAGAGAAUAACUGAUGGCUUCUUUGCUGAGGCAGUUUCUGGAAUGCAUUUUAGAGACACAAGUAAAAGACAGAGUGAUGCUGUCAAUGAAAGCUCUUUAGACUCUGUGCAUUUGCAAAUGAUAAAAGGCAUGCUCUAUCAACAGCAGCAGAAUUUCAGCAGUCAAGAUUUGGUUUCCAGAAAGAAAGUACUUUCUCUGAAUUUAAAGCAGACUUCUAAGACAGAGGAAAUUAAAAAUGUAUUAGGAGGGUCUACCUGCUACAACUACAGUGUAAAGGAUUUACAGGAGAUAAGUGGCUCUGAGCUAUGCUUUCCAAGUGGGCAGAAAAUAAAAUCUGCUUAUCUUCCCCAAAGGCAAAUUCACAUACCAGCUGUUUUUCAGUCUCCUGCUCAUUAUAAGCAGACUUUCACAUCUUGCCUCAUAGAACAUCUAAAUAUAUUGCUGUUUGGGUUAGCACAAAACCUGCACAAAGCUCUUUCAAAAGUUGACAUAUCAUUUUAUACAUCAUUGAAGGGAGAGAAACUGAAAAACGUAGAAAAUAAUGUACCAUCCUGUCAUCAUAGUCAACCUGCAAAACUUGUCAUGGUUAAAAAGGAAGGUCCAAAUAAGGGUCGUCUCUUUUAUACAUGUGAUGGACCCAAAGCUGAUCGAUGUCAAUUCUUUAAAUGGCUUGAGGACGUGACUCCAGGAUAUUCAAUACAAGAAGGAGCUCAACCUGGCAUGGUUUUAAGUGAUAUUAAGAGUAUUGGCUUGUACUUAAGAAGUCAAAAGAUACCACUUUAUGAGGAAUGCCAGCUUUUGGUGAGAAAAGGAUUUGAUUUUCAGAGAAAACAGUAUGGCAAACUAAAGAAGUUUACUACUGUAAAUCCUGAGUUUUAUAAUGAACCAAAAACCAAACUUUAUCUUAAGCUGAGUCGGAAGGAAAGUUCUUCAGCUUAUAGCAAAAAUGAUCUUUGGGUGGUUUCAAAAACCGUAGACUUUGAGCUGGAUACUUUUAUUGCAUGUAGUGCUUUCUUUGGACCGUCAUCUAUCAAUGAGAUAGAAAUACUGCCUUUGAAAGGCUAUUUCCCUUCUAAUUGGCCCACUAACAUGGUUGUCCAUGCAUUACUGGUUUGUAAUGCUAGCACAGAACUGACUACUUUGAAAAACAUUCAGGACUACUUUAAUCCAGCUACUCUACCUCUAACACAGUACCUGUUAACAAUGUCUUCGCCAACUAUAGUUAGUAACAAAAGAGUCAGUAAGAGAAAAUUUAUCCCACCAGCCUUCACAAAUGUCAGUACAAAAUUUGAACUACUCAGCCUAGGAGCAACAUUGAAGUUAGCUAGUGAGUUGAUUCAGGUACACAAGUUAAACAAGGAUCAAGCUACAGCUCUAAUUCAAAUAGCUCAAAUGAUGGCAUCACAUGAAAGCACUGAAGAAGUGAAGGAACUGCAAACUCAUACCCUCCCUAUCACGAUCAUACAUGGUGUGUUUGGAGCAGGAAAGAGUUAUUUGCUGGCAGUGGUGAUUUUGUUCUUUGUACAGCUGUUUGAAAAGAGUGAAGCUCCCACCAUUGGAAAUGCAAGGCCAUGGAAACUUCUGAUUUCUUCUUCUACUAAUGUGGCUGUUGACAGAGUACUUCUUGGGCUUCUCGGUCUUGGAUUUGAAAACUUUAUCAGAGUUGGGAGUGUUAGGAAGAUUGCCAAACCAAUUUUACCUUAUAGCUUGCAUGCUGGCUCAGAAAAUGAAAGUGAACAGUUAAAGGAACUACAUGCACUAAUGAAAGAAGACCUGACUUCUACGGAAAGAGUGUAUGUGAGAAAAAGCAUUGAGCAGCAUAAACUGGGGACCAAUAGAACCCUGCUGAAGCAGGUUCGAGUAGUUGGAGUUACCUGUGCAGCCUGCCCAUUCCCAUGCAUGAAUGAUCUUAAAUUUCCUGUAGUUGUGCUGGAUGAGUGUAGUCAGAUAACUGAACCGACCUCUCUCCUUCCCAUUGCAAGGUUUGAGUGUGAAAAGCUGAUUCUUGUUGGGGAUCCCAAACAGCUACCUCCUACUAUUCAGGGUUCUGAUGCAGCUCAUGAAAAUGGAUUGGAACAAACUCUUUUUGAUCGACUUUGCUUAAUGGGUCACAAGCCAAUUCUAUUGAGAACUCAAUACCGUUGUCAUCCUGCAAUCAGUGCUAUUGCUAAUGAUCUGUUUUACAAAGGAGCCCUCAUGAAUGGUGUAACAGAAAUAGAGAGGAGCCCUUUAUUGGAAUGGCUACCAACCCUGUGUUUUUAUAAUGUUAAAGGACUAGAACAGAUAGAAAGAGAUAACAGCUUUCAUAAUGUGGCAGAAGCUACAUUUACACUCAAGCUGAUUCAAUCACUGAUUGCAAGUGGAAUAGCAGGCUCCAUGAUUGGCGUGAUAACAUUAUACAAAUCCCAGAUGUACAAGCUUUGUCAUUUACUCAGUGCUGUGGACUUUCACCAUCCUGAUAUUAAAACUGUGCAGGUGUCCACAGUAGAUGCUUUUCAGGGAGCUGAAAAGGAGAUCGUUAUUCUGUCCUGUGUAAGGACAAGACAAGUAGGAUUCAUUGAUUCAGAAAAAAGAAUGAAUGUUGCAUUGACUAGAGGAAAGAGGCAUUUGUUGAUUGUGGGAAAUUUAGCCUGUUUGAGGAAAAAUCAACUUUGGGGACGAGUGAUCCAACACUGCGAAGGAAGGGAAGAUGGAUUGCAACAUGCAAACCAGUAUGAACCACAGCUGAACCAUCUCCUUAAAGAUUAUUUUGAAAAACAAGCGGAAGAAAAACAGAAGAAAAAGAGUGAAAAAGAGAAAUCUAAAGAUAAAUCUUAUUCACAAAAAGACAUGGUGUAAAUAUUUUGUAUUUAUGUAAAUUCAGACUCAUUUUACAUGAUAUAUUUUUUAUAUUUUUAUUACUAUAGACCCUCUUAUUAAAAAUAUGAAAUUUAAAUAACAUAGUAAACACAUGUAAAAAUUUUGUUCUUCAAAAAAGUAUACAAAAGGUAGUGUAAAAUCCUAAUAAAAAUAAGCUUUUUU